AUGACUGUCUCCAAGCUGCAAGGCAGUAACGUCCUCCUUAUUGGCGGCACAUCUGGGAUUGGAUUUGAGGUAGCAAAAAAGGCCCUAGCAGAAGGAGCCAGCAUAAUUAUCAGCUCUUCUUCUGAACAAAAAGUUCUCCAAGCAUCUGGAAAAUUGAAAAACGGAAACCCGGAAAGGUCAUCUGCAGUCCGCAGCUUUGUUGCUGACCUCUCUAUCCGCGAAAAUCUCGAGGGGACCAUUGUCAGCCUUCUCAAGUAUGCUGCAGUGUCUUCGCCAAUCGACCACAUUGUGUUUACAGCGGGCAAUGUACCUCCCAUGGUUUCUCUAUCCGAGGCUUCUUUCGAUCAUGUCGAGGCCUUUCUGACUGUUCGCUUUUUCGGUGCGAUGGCAGUAGCCAAGCACAUGCCUAAAUACAUGACUUCGCACAAGCGCUCUUCGUUUACGAUGACGACUGGAACUCAAAUUAAAAAGCCCUCGUCUUGGCUCCCACCUGCUAUAGGUGGAGCAAUCGAGGGCCUUAUGAAAGGACUGGCUGUGACUUUGUCACCCAUUCGGGUCAAUGCUGUUUCUCCCGGUUUUAUCUUGACGGAGCUUUUGGAUCGACUUCCGAAGGAGAUGGUUGAUGGUAUGGUAGAGAAGCACUCUCAGCAGUCUUUAACAAAAGAUAUUGGCUAUCCAGAAGAUACAGCUGAAGCUUAUAUAUACCUUAUGAAAGAUUACUUUGCCACUGGAACGACUGUGGCUACGAAUGGAGGAGCGUGGCUCUUAUGA